CAUAGGGCGGCUUACAAUUGGCCCAGCGCUGUCCGGGGUGGGCCGUCAUUGUAAAUGAGAAUUUGUUCUUUUAAAUACAAACAAUAAAUUAAUCCUGCCAUCUCUUCUUAGUGUCUAGGAUCUAUUCUGUUGCCAGGUUUGUAUUAAUCUCCUAACCUUGUCUUCUAGGGGUCGGUCUGUCAUUCUGUCUGUAUACUGAACUCUCCUAACCUUGUCUUCUAGGGGUCGGUCUGUCAUUCUGUCUGUAUACUGAACUCUCCUAACCUUGUCUUCUAGGGGUCGGUCUGUCAUUCUGUCUGUAUACUGAACUCUCCUACCUUGUCUUCCAGGGGUCGGUCUGUCAUUCUGUCUGUAUACUGAACUAUCCUACCUUGUCUUCCAGGGGUCGGUCUGUCAUUCUGUCUGUAUACUGAACUCUCCUAACCUUGUCUUCUAGGGUUCGCUCUGUCAUUCUGUCUGUAUACUGAACUCUCCUACCUUGUCUUCCAGGGGUCGGUCUGUCAUUCUGUCUGUAUACUGAACUCUCCUACCUUGUCUUCUAGGGUUCGCUCUGUCAUUCUGUCUGUAUACUGAACUCUCCUACCUUGUCUUCCAGGGGUCGGUCUGUCAUUCUGUCUGUAUACUGAACUCUCCUACCUUGUCUUCCAGGGGUCGGUCUGUCAUUCUGUCUGUAUACUGAACUCUCCUACCUUGUCUUCCAGGGGUCGGUCUGUCAUUCUGUCUGUAUACUGAACUCUCCUACCUUGUCUUCCAGGGGUCUGUUUGUCCACUCCCCCUGAGAAGAAUGAAGGGGUUAUUCCUGGUAGAGCCACUGGUAGCCUUCUAUUCCUUUGCCAGUUUCCUGAUCUACCCCUUGGUACAACAGUAUGUGUACAGGAGACUAUGGCAGGAGAUGACCAACACAACCUACCCUGUCUCUGACAACACCUCACGCUGUGAUCCUUCCAACACCAGCAGCCACCAUGAGGAGGUGCAGAAGGCGGCGUCUCUCUUCUCCCUCUACACUGAGCUCUUCUCCAUGAUCCCCUCUCUGGCCGUCACCCUCAUCCUCGUCGCCUAUAGCGACCAGCGCGGACGCAAGAUCACCAUCAUCCUGCCUCUGAUUGGCUCUCUGUUCUACGCCCUGUCUUUCCUGGCCGUCUCCUUCUUCGAGCUCGACCUCUACCUCCUCAUCGUCUCGUCGUUCGUCAGCGCCCUGUUCGGGGGCUCGGGGACGUUACUGGGUGGCUGUUUCUCCUACAUCGCUGACCUGUGUGAGGACGGACAGCAGAAGACCCUGCGUAUGGCCGGGAUAGACAUGGUGAUCGGCCUGCUGUCUGGAGUGGCCUCUCUCUCUACGGGAUACUUCCUCCAAGCAGCAGGCUUCAACUGGCCCUUCUUCACCUCUGCUCUGUUCCAGUGUUUCAACCUGCUCUACGCCGUCUUCAUCCUGGAGGAGACGCUCCAACGACCUCCAGAUGACCCCCUGGACGGAUCUCCGCGCCGCACCGCCAUGCAUCAGCUGGCCUGCGGGGUCUACCAGCUGUUUGCAGGGGCCAGCAGGAGGCGUAACGUCCUCCUGGUGCUCCUCCUUCUCCUCUUCUCCUCCUUCUCCUUCACCAACAUGGGCGGGCUCUCCAUGAUCACGCUGUACGAGCUCAACCAGCCGCUGUGCUGGACCGAGAUCCUGAUUGGCUACGGCUCGGCGCUGUCCACCACGGUGUUCCUGACCAGCUUCGUGGGCGUGACGGUGUUCUCUCGCUGCGGCGUGCCCAACCUCGUCAUCAUUCUCAUAGGGAUACUGAGUGUCAUGGCGGGUAUGACCCUGGUGGCCUUCGCCAAGACCACGCUCAUGAUGUUCCUGGUGAGGCUUCCAAUGCUGCUGGCCAUCAUGCCAUUCCCCGUGCUGAGAUCCAUGAUGUCAAAGAUCGUAUCGAAGAACGAGCAGGGAGCGUUGUUUGCUUGCUUGGCGUGCCUGGACAGUGUGAGCAUCAGUGUGGCGAUAGCUGUGUUCAGUAGUCUCUACGCUGCCACGGUAACCUGGUACCCUGGAUUCUGCUUCCUGUUGUCUGCUGGACUCUGUGUCAUCCCCUUGGCAAUGCUAGCGGGUGUGGGGCUGCUGGGAGUGGAAGAAGGUAAAGAGGCCAAGGAGACGGAGGCCCUCAUCCCUGGAGAGGAAAGGUCUCGCUGGGGAGAGAAUGAUAAUCCUCCCCUCACCUGA